AUGCCCUCCUUACCUUCACCACCAUUCAUAGAGGUGCCAGGCAUCGCGAACUUCCGCGGUGUAGGCGGUAGCCAUGUCGGACCCGGACUUUUAUACAGGUCCGCUGAUCCUUCGAAGGCCACGAAAGCUGGUCUGGAGAAGAUGAGACAAAAUUUAGGCAUCAGAAUGAUUUUUGACUUGAGGUCUGCUCCUGAGAUCAAACGAGAUGGAAAGGAAUGGGCUAGUGUCCCUGUAGACGAUCCGGAUGUGUUCAAGGCACAUGGCAUUGAGCGACAGUGGGUGCCAGUCUUUGCUGAGGAAGACUAUGGCCCCGAGCAAGUCGCUCUGCGAUACCGAGAAUACACGAAGUCCGGCUCAGAGGGUUUCGUCAAAGCAUACCACGACAUACUACUCGCAGCACCGAAGUCGUACGGAACAAUCUUCCGCUACCUUGCCAAGGACAAACCGGCGCCAUGUUUAAUCCACUGCACAGCCGGUAAGGACAGGACGGGAGUCCUGAUCGCACUACUGCUGUUGCAAAUCGGUGCACCGGCAGACGAGAUAGCAGACGAGUACGCCCUCACAGACCUUGGCCUCGCAGAAAGGAAGCCAGAAUUUAUCGAGCGUCUUCUGUUGAACCCAGCAAUAGCUGGUAAUCGCGAAGGCGCCACGAACAUGGUCUCGAGUAAGAGGGAGAAUAUGCUGGCCAGCAUAGAGAUGAUACGCAAGGAGUUUGGGAGCCCCGAGAAGUACAUGAAAGAGUAUUGUAGAUUGAGCGAUGAGGAGAUACAGAAGAUCAGGAAGAAUGUGCAUGAAGGCGCUCUUGAGCAUAUGGGGAGAUCGUAG